AUGGACGACAUUCUUUUAAGAAGGCUUAGGCUCAUUAACGACAAACUCACUACGGACUUAGAAAUAAUUCCUGAUAUAGUAAAUUCAGAAAACUUAAUGCAGGCUCAAAUUGCAUACAGUAAAUUGGAAGCGUCUCUGAAAAGGCUUGGCAGCGACCUGAUAGAAUAUUUCAGACUAGCUUCGACUCCCGCGUCCGAUGAAAUCUGCUUAAUAAGUGAAGUACAACUUCAAGCCGAGGAGACUUUAGCGGAGCUUAAGGUGAAGAUCGACCAAGUGACUUCGACGAACAAACCUUCCGAGAAACUAACAGAACCGAACUCCUCAUGCCGACUUCCUAAACUUCAACUGCCGGUGUACAGCGGGGACGUACUAGCCUGGUGUGAAUUCUGGGACGUCUUCAGAAGCAACAUCGAUUCAAGGAACCUGCCUGAAGUGGACAAGCUAUCAUAUCUUAAGACUUCAGUGGCAGGAGAUGCCAAGAAAGCCAUUGACGGACUGUCAACUACUAAUGCCAACUAUGAUAUCGCAGUUUCGAUAUUGAAAGAGCGGUUUGGCAAGACGUCUCAUUUAAUAGAUGCACACUAUGCUGCACUAUAUAAGGUUAAGAUGGCAAAAGGCUCCGCUGAAGAUUGCAGGAAGACAUUCAACGAAAUUGAGAAGCAUCUUAAAAUUUUAGAGUCGUUAGGUGAAGAUAUUAACCACAAUCAUCUACGAUUCAUGCUAUUGGAGAAAUUUCCUUCGGAACUAGUAUACGAAAUAAAACUAAAAGUUAAUGAUGAAUCUAUACAGGAACUCAGAGGCCAGUUAGAUAGAAUUAUCACCGCUAAGGAGGAUUCAGAAAGGAUCUCGGGCAGGAAACGCCCUCAUGAAACGGAAGAUAGUACCGUUGGAACUCUUCAUAUAAACGCAAAACGUGCGAAAUACGCAAACCAACCCCAACCACAACACAGUAAUCAGAAGAAACAAAACCAACAAGGAGGCUUUGAUAGAAGAUCGGUGCAGAUCAAGAAGUUUAUUGGUUUUAAGAAACAGAAUAAAGGGAACAGACCGAACCAAACUCAAACUUCAAAUAAAGGUCAAUCCGAACCUCAGCCAGGCCCCUCUGGAGAGAAGAAAGAAUGGGUAUGCGUCUUUUGCAAAGGGAAUCACUUUAAUGACAAAUGCACUGAAGCUACUACCUUGGUAGAAAGAAAGAAACGACUAGGAAAACGAUGCUUCCUAUGUUUUAAGUUAAAUCACUUUAUGAAAGAUUGCAAGAUCGGUCAAGGAAGGCCCGGUGAAGAAACAGUUGUGACUGUCCUAGAAGAGGGUAUUACAACGCUCCAAACAGCAAUAGUUUAUGCAAACCCCUUAGAUGAUAAAGAUAAACAAUAUAAAUAUAGACUUCUUUUAGAUCCCGGUUCUCAACGCUCCUAUGUCACGUUUCAAACGGCCAAAGAAUUGAAGCUUCCCGUCGAAGAAGAAAGUCAUUUAGUAGUGUUCACCUUUGGUGAUGAUCCUCCUAAAGAAAUACACAGCCCUAUAGUUACUCUACAGUUGCUGUCAAGAACAAAUAAGAAGAUAGUUAUACGGGUUAACUGCGUAGAACGUAUUUCAAGAGGGUACAUACCUAAUGUCAAGAUGAAGGACUUACCGGAGACAUAUGUACUAGCGGAUGACGGUUCGUUAAGCGGACCAGUACAGAUUCUGGUCGGAAACGAGUACUAUUGUAACAUAACCUAUGAGAAGAAAGUACAAUUGGACAGUAACCUGUUUCUGAUCGACUCUGCCCUUGGUUGGAUAAUAAGUGGUAGAACAGAAUCACAACUUAGUGACGAACCGUACGUAGUGACUUACACUCAGACUUGCAUUGAAACGAAGCUUCAUCAACCAGACCCACCUCUUUGUGAUGCUGACAUAAAGAGCCUUUGGGAACUAGAAUGUAUAGGUAUCAGUGAUUCCCCAAGAGCAACUAGAGAAGAAGAAGCGAUCAAGUAUUUCAACGAUACUACAGUUAACCUAAAUAAUCGUUACACGAAUUUGAAAGCCAUUGGAGAAGUGUCGGUGGACAGAUGCUACAUAAAGACACCAAUGGAAAGGAACUACCAACUACACUGUUUCACAGAUGCCUCUCUACAGGCUUAUGCAGCAUCAGUUUUUUUAGUUUGCGGUUCAAAGAGAAGUUUCAUUAUGGGAAAAUCCCGUCUGAUACCGGUAAAAGACCAGGAGAGUCUCAAGAUACCCCGUCUGGAACUUUUAGGAGUACUGAUUGGCAGUAGGCUAAUAAAGUUCGUUCUUAAGUUUCUUCAGCAGAAGAUAGUAAGGCAAGUCUUGUGGACCGACAGCCAGAUUGUUGUAGAAUGGUGCAAAUCUGAUAAACUGUUGCCGCCCUUCGUUGCCAGGCGGGUAGAAGAGAUCAGAAAGAAUAAAGAUCUGGAGAUCAGAUACCUUUCAACAGACCUGAAUCCAGCAGACGUAGGCACCAGACCCACCUGUUCGAGAGAGGACAGAGAGAAAUGGCUGACUGGUCCACAAUUUAUAGUAGAAGAUCCUAAGACGUGGCCAACUACAUCUAGCAGUGGACCAACCAGUUCUCUCUUGAUUGGGGAGGGUCUUGGAAUCCAAGAAGAAGAACCGAUGGAAACAGUUGAUCCAGACAUACCCGAUGUUAGUCUGAUGGAAACGAGACAUAGUGCAACCGCAAAAGAAGUAACCGCACAAGAAAAUGAUCAGACGCCAGAUGAUAAGUUUCUAAGGUUGAAAGAAAUUCAAGCUGAAUACUUUCCUCUAGAGGUAGAAGGAAAAGUAACUAGUUUAAGUUUGAAUUUAGGCGUAUUUAAAGACAUAGAUGACUUACUAAGAUGUAAAGGUCGUAUGAAACAUGCAGACUGGUCAUUUGAUAAACGCUACCCUAUACUUAUACCGAAAAAUUCAGACUUCACCAACGAAACUAUAAUGAAGAUUCAUCGAGAAAAUAUGCAUGUUGGCGUGAGUCACACGUUAAGCAAGAUAAGGGAAACUUACUGGAUACCACAAGGAAGAAGCAAAGUUCAAAAUAUUUUGAGGAAAUGUCCUGAAUGUAAGAAACAUGACGGAGGGCCAUAUAAACUACCGGAAACUCCUGCUUUACCGAAAGAGAGGGUUAAUUAUAGUUCUCCAUUUACAUACGUUGGCACAGACUACCUGGGACCACUUCUAGUUAACAAUGGGAAUGGCAGUUGCAAAAGGUGGAUUAGCCUCUACACAUGUUUAGCUGUAAGAGCCAUUCAUCUAGAAGUUGUAAAGGACCUAACGGCGGAAGAAGGUUUAAUGGCCUUACGUAGAAUGAUCUCAACAAGAGGAGUACCUUCCUUGAUAACGUCUGAUAACGCGGCUCACUAUAAGUUACUCUCAGAGAUUCUUCAGAUCCCAUACUGCUUAGAUAAGGAGAUAAGAUGGAAAUUUAUACCACAGUUAGCACCAUGGCAUGGAGGUUUCUACGAAAGAUUGGUCGGUUUAGUUAAGAACUGUAUGAAGAAAACUUUACAGAAACAUCUAUUGAACGACAGCCAGCUCGUUACAGCGGUAAAAGAAAUUGAAGCAGUUCUGAACACAAGACCAUUAACAUACGUGGAUUCAGAGCCUGAUCAUGUACUAAAACCAUCAGACUUCCUUACCAUGGGAAAGUGUAUUACUAUGGAAACGUCGAAUAAGGAUCCUACGUCACAAGGGACGGUGACUAAAGAUAACCUAAUUAAAGGUUGGAAGAAAGCACAGAUAAUUCUACGAGAGUUUAAAGAGAUGUUUGAGAACAGGUACCUCCUAAAUUUGAGAGAAAGAUAUUCCCACCACCCUAAAGAACCUAGGGUGACUUCAAAGUUAGAACCGAAGAUAGGUCAAAUCGUGCAGAUUAAAGGUGACACGAGGAAUAGGAUCAACUGGAAAGUUGGGAAAAUAGUAUCUUUAAGGGAAAGCGCCGAUGGAUUAUGUAGGGUUGCCACGGUACGAGUAGGAGAUACCGAAUACACAAGAUCUAUCACGCAUCUCUACCCUUUAGAGAUCGAAGAGAGAGAAGAACACUGUAAACAAACAUCACCUUAUAACGAAAGCGCAGAAGAACCUCUGCAGCUUCCUGACCUUCCACCUCCAUCUUGCGGGAACGUUGACGUCCAAGACGUUGCUGAGUCUCCUUCUGAACAAAGAUUCACUCCAGUAACAGCUAGAGAUGAUCCAGAAGAAGAAGUUCUACCCUAUGCCUCGCCAGUAGAGGAAAGGAGUUCCUUCAAACAAGUAGUAGAGUCUACAUCUAGUAAGUUAAACGAGCCUAAGCCUAAGUCUAUGUCCGAACCAGAACCACUCACAGUCGUCGACCCCGAGUAUUACGACCACACUGAUCCCGAGCUACACCACUUGGAGGAAAUUGCGCCAGAAGGACAAGAAGACGAAUCAAGACCUAAAAGAGCCGCAGCUCUUCGGGCCCUUGAAAAGAUUAAAGAAUGGACCAGCAAUCUAGUCGCUGUGCUUCUGCCUGAGGCGGGGAGUGUCGCGACAGACGCGAAUUUAUAA